UGCAAUUCCACAUCAACUGGGAAACUCCGCAGGAAGCUUUCCCGCAAAAGCUCUGAAAUUUCAAGUGUCUUCAGUAGAGAGGACAACUCAACUCGCUUCCUUCGACGAAAGCUGCAUAAUUUUCUGCAACAAUGAAAGGGCUUAUAGCUUUGUUGGCUAUUUGUCUGUUGGGAAGACAGACGGAGGCUUGGGGCGGACUUUUCAAUAGAUUUUCGCCGGAAAUGCUAGCCAACAUGGGCUACGGAGGACACGGAGGCGGUGGAGGCGGCGGAUUCCGUACCGGGGAUGAGGGAAUCCUGGAGGAGUUCGAGGUCGACAGCGAUGAUGAUCCUUGCUACAGGAAGAGUUGCACCGCUAACGAGCAUUGCUGUCCCGGACAAGUUUGCGUCGACGUUGAUGGAGUCGUUGGAACUUGCUUGUUUGCUUACGGAAGACGCGUAGGCGAACUCUGCCGCAGAGACAGUGACUGCGAGUCCGGAUUAGUUUGCACCGAAUCCGAGCAGACUUCCUCUUCCAGGAUCUGCAGACCUCCUGUCCAGCAGGACAAGCAGUACUCCGAGCCUUGCAACAUGUCCAGCGAAUGCGACAUAUCCAGAGGACUUUGCUGCCAGCUCCAACGUCGUCACCGACAGGCCCCACGCAAGGUUUGCUCUUACUUCAAGGAUCCUUUGGUCUGCAUAGGCCCAGUCGCUGCUGACCAGAUCAAGAAUGCCAUCCAGCAUACAGCUGGAGAGAAGAGACUCACCGGUCUCGCGGCUUUCAAAAGACCCAUGCAUUAAAUUUAUUCCUCUGUGUGUAUCCUAAUAUCCAACAAAAAAAUUCCCCUAAAACCUAUAAAUGUAUAAAAAAAAGGAAAUACCUUUGCAUCUACCUAAAUAUAGAGAAGAGAAUGUUAACGCCCCCUAUUAUUAUCUUAAGACAGAAGGCAUAAAUUCUCUACGAUUCACUUAAGCUUCAGUUUACGAGAUUGAAAUUUUCGACAUAAAUUCAUUUCGAAACUUUUGGUUUCUGCAAAUAAGAAGAGGUGAUUUAUUUAUUUAUUUUUAUUAAUUAAUUGUGUAAUGUAUCAAAAACAUAUCAAGCAAAUAUUUAACGAGGCUGACUAUUUUGAUUAACUUUUAUCUUUUUUUUUGGAAUUGAUGCCUUCGUAAUAUAUUUUAAGGAGAGAUGAGUACGUAGAUGUUAGAAGUCUUUUAAAUUAUAAAUGUGUAUUUUGGAAAGGCGCGAAGGUAUACUUCCAGCCGCAACGAAUUUGCACCUGACUUCGAAUCUUCCCUUAUCCGGGAUUUGAACAAAUUGCUGCGAUUGGAAGAACGUUCUUCUCGCUUCUAAUCUCCCAUUAAUCUAAUUAAAAAAACUAUGGUAUAUUCAUAUACACAUAUAUAUAUUAUAAAAAAAAACUGAGGUAUUAGCUGUACACGAAAUAUAAGAAAAGUCAUUGGGCCUAGUCCUAACUAGUAGAUCGAUGUAAUUGUAACUAAAUGUGAACAAAACGUGAAAUACAUAUCUUUAGGUUUAGGUUGCGCAACGCAAAAAGAAUACUUAUAUUACAAGAAGAGUCUAUAUAUAUACAUAUUUAUUGUGCUUCUUAGAAAGACGCACAAGAAAAAGAGGAAAAAAAUACUUAUCUUUCUAACUGUGAUUGUUAUGUUGA